AUGGGCCCUGUGCAGCUCUUGCUGCUCUUGCUGCUGCUCAGCAGUGGCGUUCUCACACAGGAAGAAACGCCUGAAAGUGGAAAUCAAGGAUGUUCAAAAGAUGCAAUCAGAUUUAAACACCUCAGAAAAUAUGUUUACUCAUAUGAAGCAGAAACGUCAAAUGGCAUCACGGGAACGGCAGAUUCUCGAAGUGGUUCUAAGAUCACUUGCAAGGGAGGGAAAGAAGAACAUGAGCUCAAAUUCAGCAUUCAGGAUGGAGCAAAAGUCAAGCUGUAUCCAGAGAAGGAUGAACCUCUGAAUGUACUGAAUCUCAAGAGAGGGAUCAUCUCAGCUCUACUUGUGCCAACAGAAACAGUAGAAAAUGAAAAAACAAUUUCCAUGGAUACUGUAUAUGGGAAGUGUGACAGUGAAGUUGAAUUCAAAUCUAGAAAAGGAAAUGUUGCAGAGGAUAUUUCGAUUAACAGGGAUCUGAAAGCCUGUGACAACUUCAGUCCCAUCAGAGAUUAUGUCAGCCCUAUUGCCAUUGUAAAAGGACUAAACAUCCCAUUAUCUACCCUUCUAAGAAGCACUCAGUUCUGUCAUUACAAUAUUGAUGCAAAGAAAAGGCAUGUAAGAGAUGCUGUCUGCAGUGAAAAACAUCUGUUUCUGCCUUCCUCUUACAAAAAUCGCUAUGGUGUGAUGACAGAGGUCAACCAGACACUGAAGCUUGAAGAUACCCCGAAGAUCAAUAACAGAAAUUUUGAAACAGAUGAACUGGAAGAGAAAGGACUUGCAUUAGAAAGUACAGAUGCCAAAUUUCCCAGGCAGGGGGAUACUGUUCUGAAAACCCUUCAGGAACUGCAGAAACUUACAGCCUCCCAGCAGAACCAGCAGAGAGCAAAACUCUUUUACAGAUUUGUUUCUGGACUUAGAAAUUUACACAACAGCACUCUUGGCUCUCUUGUACCAAAGAUGAUGGAAACUUCAAGUUCCAUCACAGUUCAGGCCCUGAUUCAGUGUGGGACUCCAGAGUGCUAUGGUGCAGUCCUUCAAAUACUGAGAACUGGAAAUGUGAAUCCACUUGUGGUAGACCUGGUCACAUAUACGCUGGCACUAUUGCCUUCUCCAACUCCGGAAAGAAUACGGGAAAUCCUUUCCAUGGCCCAGUAUCAGCCAAGUAGAGCUUCUUUUUAUGGCUUGAGUCAUUCUGUUACUAAAUUCUACAAUGAGAAGAAGAUUGUGACAGAAGAAAUAACAGAUGUUGCAGACUUCAUGGUAUCACUGCUUGGCACUGAUUGUUCUGGAGAAGAUGAACUCACAUACCUCACACUUCGGGCUAUUGGAAACAUGGGUGCAGUAAUGGAGAAAGCUAAACCCAACCUGAAAUCUUUUCUUAAGACAUGUAUCAGAAGUGAAGCUGCAUCACUUUCAGUUCAGAAAGCAGCCAUCCAGGCAUUCAGGAAAAUGACUGUUACUGAAGAGGACUGUUCAGCACUUCUGAAAGCUUUCCAAGAAGGGGAUGCACCUACAGACAAACGCCUAGCAGCCUAUCUCAUGCUGAUGAAAAAUCCUUCCUCAAGUGAUCUCGCAAAGGUUUUGAGAGUCCUCACAAAGGAGAAGAAUGAGCAAGUGAAAAGCUUUGUUGCCUCACAUAUUGCCAACAUCCUGGACUCUGAAGAAGUAGGCAUUGAAGAUCUAAAAAGCAGAGUUGAAGAAGCUCUGAAAGGAGACGAGCUUCCAACAGCCAAAGAUUUCAGAAAAUUUUCACAAAAUUAUCAAAUUUCAAAAAGAGUUUCCAUACCUGGAGUUGAUCCUGUCUCUGCCAAAGUAGAGGGAAAUGUGGUAUUUGAACCAAACAGCUAUGUUCCUAAAGAGACUAUGCUGAAAACCACCCUGAGUGUGUAUGGAUUUGGCCCAAGCGAUCUCUUUGAGCUUGGCUUGGAUGGAAGGGGAUUUGAACCAACUCUGGAAGCUCUUUUUGGAGAAAAGGGAUUUUUCCCAGACACCGCAAGCAAGGCCUUGUACUGGGUUGAUGGCAAAGCACCAAAGCAGGUUUCCAAGGUGCUGUUUGACUAUUUUGGUUACCCCCAGGAUGGCAAGCAGGAUCAGGAUGUCAUGAAAGGAAUAAUGCUUAACCUUGAAAAAUUGAUAAAAGAAUGGAGCAACAAGGAAGUUCCUGAAGGAAGAGCAUAUCUGAAAAUCCUGGGAGAAGAACUUGGGUACAUGAAACUCAAUGAUUUCAAACUGGUGGGAAGCAUGAUUAUAAAGACCAUUAAAACUCUUCAGACUAUUCCUGAAAUGAUUGCACAAGCCAUCUCAAAAGGUGUUGACAGGGAUUUGUUUGUUCACUACAUGUUCAUGGACAAUGAGUUUGAGCUCCCAACGGGAGCAGGUUUGCAACUGAAGUUUGCCUUGUCUGGAGUAGUGACACCUGGGGCCAAAGUAGCUGUGAAGCUCCACCAAAAAAGUAUGCAGGCAGAACUCAUUGCUAAACCUUCAGUAGCAAUUGAGUUUGUAACACACCUGGGCAUAAACAUGCCUGAAUUUGCUAGAAGUGGCGUGGAGAUGAAUUCUAAUAUAUUCCAUGAAUCUGGAAUUGAAGCACGUGUUAAUAUGAAAGCUGGACGGCUGAAAUUCAGCAUUCCUGUUCCAAAGACUCCAACAAAGCUUCUCAGUAUCAGCAAUACGCUGCAUUUGGUAUCUCCAGCCAAAACUGAAGAGAUUCCAUCUAUAAUUGAGAACCGAGAAACCUGGACUUCCUGCAAGCCUUUUAUUCCUGGUCUAAAUUUCUGCACCAAAUUAUUGUACUCUAAUGCCAGUGCCACAGAAGCAGCUCCAUAUUAUCCCUUGACUGGAGAAUCCAGAUUUGAAGUUGAAAUAGUGUCCACAGGUGAAGUGAAGGAAUACUCUGUAAGUUCAAACUAUGACCUGCAGAGAGAAGGAAUUGACCUAAUAGACACCUUAAAGUUUGCUGUCCAGGCAGAAGGUGUAAAGCAGCAUGAGGCCGCAUUGACCUUCAGAUACAACAGAGACAAAAACAUUUUGACCAGUGAUGUCCACAUUCCAGAUAUUGAUGUUGACUUUGGUACAAGCUUCAGAAUUACUGAUGAAUCCACUUAUGGGAAGAAAGCAUAUACCUUUGUCUUAGACUUUAACAACAAGAAGAUAUCUGAAGUUACUCUUACUGGCCAGAUAAGAUAUUCUGGAAUUGAAGAGACAAUGUUAAGAGGCACCAUUUCUAUUCCUCGCCUGCAAAUUGAUCUUAGAACUGAAACGUUGUUUAAUUUCUCACCAGCCAAGGGAUAUCUUCAGAUAAGCUCAGCUACAACAACUCAUGGAAACUCAAUUUCAGAAAGAGUUCUUCUCAGAUAUGAUUCUGAGAAAGUUGAGCUAGAGUGGAAUUCAGGUGCCAGUGCUGCUGUGAAAAAAAUAUCUUCUGGCUUCCCAGUUGACUUUUCAGACUACCCAAAAACUUUAGAGAAGCAUGCCAAUGAACUGCUGGAUCGGAAGGUGGCUCACACAGAUAUGACACUGCGACAUAUCGUGUCACAAUUUAUUGUGGCAACCAACACCUGGCUGCAAAAGGCAUCAAAAGAUGUCCCCUAUGCCCAGACUCUGCAAGACAAACUAAGUGGACUGCAGGAACUGAACAUUCAGAAAAUUAACCUGCCUGUCAUCACUAUUCCUGAAGAACUUUUCCUGAAAAG